AUGGAGGCAGCACUGUUUGUGAGCCGGAAGGAUCUCAUAGAAUGGGUGAAUAGAACACUGAAAUUGAACAUAACAAAAAUUGAGCAGUGUUCGAAUGGUGCAAUAUACACGCAACUAUUGGAUAUUUUAUUUCCAAACAAGUCAGUUUUGCAUAAAGUGAAAUGGAACGCCAAAUUAGAAUAUGAAUGUAUUAUCAAUUACAAAUUGAUCCAAAAUGUUUUUAACAAAUUGGGUAUUAAAAAACAUAUGGAUAUAGAUAAACUUAUUAAGGGAAAGCAUCAGGAUAAUUUAGAAUUCCUACAAUGGUUUAAAGCAUUCUUUGAAAGAAUUGUAGAUUACAAUAAUGAAAAUAUAAUUAAUUAUGAUCCCAUUGAAAGAAGAAAAAUAUCCAUACUUGGAGAUAGAGGUGACUACAAACUACUAAACAAUCAUCUUCCUAAUUGGGCCAAGGUAGACAUACCCAUAACAAAGGAUAAAAUUAUACAUAAUGAAAAUAAAUUUCUUAAUAAUAUUCCAAAAAAAAAAAAAGAUUAUAGAUCUAGCUUAAAUCAAGACAAUAAUACACCUACCUUUACCAUUCGUGCGACAACUUCAUCCAGUAAUAACAGUACUGGUACUACUUUAUGUUAUGCAAAUGGUGAAAAAAAAAUCAUAAAAACAGUUAUGAGACCUGCAUGUCUCAACACAACAGGUGAUAAUAAUUUAAACCGCUCUUCAUAUAAAGAAAUGAACAACACUUCUAAAGGAAAUUUUUGCAAUACAACAAACAUUGGAUUAAGUACUCCAUUAACUAAUACUGAGAAGAGUAGAUUAUCAUUAUCAAAUAAACUUUCUUCUCAAAACUCCUUACCAUCAUCAUCAUCCUUACACUGCCAUUAUCAAAAUAAAAAUAACCUAGUUGUGGAAAAUAAUAAAGAUUAUAUAUCAUUAAAGGUACAAAAUGAUAGAUACAAAACUGAAUUAGAAAAAAAAAAUAAUGAAAUUAUGUUAUUACUAAAUAAAUUACAAGUUGAAGAAAAUGAAAAAAAAAUUCUUCUUUUUCAAAAAAAUUUCUACUACAACAAGUUAAGAUUUUUAGAACUACUUUGUAAUCAAACGGAUGCCAAUGUUUUGUUAAUUACCGAUAUACAACAUAUUAUUUAUGCUAGGGAAAAUACUUAUUUCCACAAAACUGUACCCCUAGGGGGUAAAAUCAGUGAUGACAAUGAGGGCCAGGUUGACUAUGGUGCUGAUGAUGAUGGUACUGACGUUGAUGUUGAUGGUGCUGAUGUUCAUGGAGACAAUGAAAUAUCCGAGUUGCAUGUCGAUAACGCAUAUAACACACACGCUUUUCCCAUAUCAACUUCUUCCAUUCAAAAUCCCGAAACAAUUCAGUGUACUACCCAGUAUGACCAGCAAAGUUCGAUAAACUUUCCCGCCUAUUGUUCUUAG